AUGGAGUCAGCUGCGUCACAAUCUGAACGCCCCCUCUUUGCUUGUAUAAUAUGUCGUGCUCGAAAGGUGAAAUGUGACAAGGCCCCUUCCGGCUGCACCCGAUGCCGCAGCGUGGGCGUCCAGUGCCCCGGCUACAGGUCACAAAGCAUCGAGAGGGAAGAGAUCGACAACAUCUACCGUCGGGCGGGCCUCGAGCGCCGUAGAGCCGGUGCCUGCCAGGAAUGCAGGGCCGCUAAGGCCAAGUGCUCGCAGACGAAGCCGCGGUGUCGCCGGUGCGAGGCGAGAGAUACGCCGUGUAAUUACCCUAGUUCUACCAAUGGCCAGCAGAGACAUGCGCGAAGUCCUUCGUUGAGGGAUGCAUUAGAGCCUAUGGAUGUGCAGAGGCUGGGUGUUGCGCUCUACCAGUCGACGCUGCCGGACAAAGCAGGUCUAAAAGUCCUGGCCGAGUCCUACUUUAAGCAUAUUCACUGCCUCCGGAACCUGGGAUUCAUCCACAAGCCGGCAUUUAUAAGAUCCAUUGACCAGGGAACUACCGCACUCGAGUUUGGCGAAGCUGUUCUUUAUUUAGCCAUGGUGCUCUACGCAGAAUACGGGCUUAGAAUCGGUGACAACGCAUUUGUCUACAUGCUAGUCGGGUGCUGCACGAGGAUGAGCCGCCUCCUACGUAUGGACGAGGAAGACUCGCGGUUCGAGUCUCCCGAUAUCUCAGGAGAAGCCCUAACGCGCAGAGAGUCGAAACGCAGACUGAUGUGGUCAUGCUACAUCCUGGACUCGUUCGUCGGCGCCGGUGUCGAUGGAAAUUUGAGCUGGACGACGGACCUUCCACAUAUUCCCCUUCCAUGCCCGGAACGAAACUUUUUGCACCAAACGAAAACCCCCCCCGUAUACCCCGAAGUCGACCAGCGACUUCAUUCUUUCACAUCGACUGGUCUCAGAGGUAACAUUCCCAGAAUCGUGUACCUCAGGACACAGGUUCUCCGACAUAUACGAGAUCACAAUGCAGCCAACCCCGCGAGACCCCCGCCAUGGGACGAAAAUUCUACGUUCAUGCAGCUCCUCAACCAACUCGAAUGCUGGUACAAGGAACUCCCCGAUUUCCUCAUCUUCAACGACAUCAACAUCUACAUCCACAAAGAGCAGCACACCCCCGGCUCAUUCUUCUUCCUUCAUCUCACCUACCACGCCUCCGUGUUUGACCUCACAAGAGUCGCGCUCCCCGGGUACAACUUCCCCUUAGCUACGGCCCUCGCCGAUGCACCCGCCGAUUUCGUCAUCGAGUCCCGGCAAAAGGCCUGGCAUCAUGCCUGCUGCGUCUCGACUUUGCUGGCCGCUGCGCUCGAGUGCGGACCUGAAGCCCUGGACGACCAUUAUACGUCGACGGCGGCAUAUGAGUCGACGAAGAUUCACGUUAUUUGCUUGACGACGGUGGGCAGUGGGGAUUCGAGUUCGCAUAGUCGCUGCGUGGAACAUAUUAAGACGAACUUGAAGGUGCUAAGCGCGACGCACCCUUACUCCGAUAUGCCGAAUGUCUACUUAUCUGCCCUAAUCCCUCUCCUAAAAAGAUUCGGCUUCUCCGACAUCGCAGCCAAAUGGGAACCCUUCCAAAACACCACCCUUCACCCCUCAUCCCAAUCCACCGAAGUCAUCGGCCCCGUCGAAACAGCCUACCUCAACCAAAUCGCCACCUUCCGCCUCGCCCGCCGCGAAGUAGCCGCCAACAACGAAGAUGCCAACAACUGCAAAGUCAAAGCCCGCACGCCCUGGACCCUCUUCCCCUCUGUGCCUUCGAGUCCGCGCACCGAUCAGGCUGCUGCAGCCGGACUCUCCGACCACCAGCCGUCGCAGUUCGUGCACGAUCAGUACCAAGAUGCGAACCUGGAGCAGUUUGUGGCGACGGAGGCGGCUGCUGCUCCAUCCGCCGCGCACGUUUUGAUGACAGGGCAGGAUCCUGCUGCGGGUGGUGUGGUGGGAGCGGUGCCAGGAACGGCUGCCGCGGCGCAGUUGGAUCAACAGCAGUAUUUGAGGAUGGCGGAGGAGAUUGGGCAGUAUAUGACUUGGGAUGUUGCGUUGCCCUCGCAGUUUGAUUUUCCGAUGGAGGAGUAUUUUGAGACGCCGCCGGAUUUCGAGGUGUAG